AUGGAUUCGGACGAAGGAAAGCUGUUUAUAGGAGGAAUAGCAUGGGACACAACGGAAGAGACGCUCAGUGACUACUUCAACCAGUACGGUGAGGUCUCUCAGGUUGUAAUAAUGCGUGACAAGACGACAGGUCGUCCUCGUGGCUUUGGUUUUGUUGUUUUUUCCGAUCCUUCCCUUCUAGAUCGUGUUCUUCAAGAUAAACACACCAUCGAUGGCCGUACUGUGGAGGCUAAAAGGGCUUUAUCCAGAGAAGAACAGCACACCUCAACUAGAUCUGGAAAUUUUAACUCUGAAGAUGGAUUCCGUCAGUAUUUUCAAAGUUAUGGUCACGUUAGUGAUGUCGUAGUAAUGUAUGACCAGCAGACUCAAAGGCCUCGUGGCUUUGGAUUUAUUACCUUCGAUACUGAAGAUGCAGUUGAUAAUGUACUCCAGAAGACCUUUCAUGAGUUGAAUGGUAAACUUGUAGAGGUAAAACGAGCUCUCCCAAAAGAUGCAAAUCCAGGUGGUGAGGGGCGUGGCAGCAGUUAUCGAGGUUAUGGCUCCUCAGGAGCCAACAUAAAUGCAGCUGAUAGUCGAAUGGAUGGAAACAGAUACAUGCAGCCCCAAACUUCUGCAGGUGGCUACCCACCGUAUUCUGGAUACGCUGCACAUAGUUAUGGUUAUGGAGCAGCGAAUGGUGGAAUGGGUUAUUAUGGCACUUAUGGUGUUGGUGGUUAUGGUGGUGGAAAUACUGCAUAUGGUACAGGAGUGUAUGGCAUGCCUGGUGCUGCAAAAAAUAGUUGGAGCAGCCAAGCUCCUUCUGGUUAUGGUGCUUCUGGCUAUGGUGCAAAUGCAAGCUAUGGGGCUGCAGCCUCCUGGGGUGCUUCUGGUGGUGGUGGUUCUGCUUCUGCUCCUAUGGGUCAGUAUCCAGCUGGAGCUUCUGGUUAUGGGAAUCAAGGCUAUGGUUAUGGUAAUUAUAGUGGAAGUGAUGGUCCUUAUUCUAGUGGCUAUGGGGCUGGUGGCGGGCGUGCUGGAAAUGCUCUGAAUGGCAGUGGAGCUGGAGGGGAGAGCAACAAGGGAGUAGCGGUGGCUAUGGAGACAGUAAUGGUAAUUCAGGAUAUGCAAAUGAUGCCUGGAGGUCCUGAUCCUUUGCAAGUGUCUGGUGGUUAUUAUGGUGGUCAUUCAAGAUAG